AUGUGGAAUGACAAAGUGCUGGGGAAUUGCUUCACAUUCAAUCACAUGAACUCUUUAUUUCAAUAUAAAGCGAGGGCAUCUGGAUAUGCAGGAGGAUUGGAAAUGCAGAUGAAUGUGAAACAAUCGGAAUAUCUUCCAUGGACAGAAACAGCUGCAGUUAUGGUUUUUACAUCUACGUCGAAGGAAGUAGUGACGUCAGAAUCGGUUCGGAUCAAUACAGCUCCACAUUUUGAAUCGAGAAUUGCAAUUAAUCGAAAAGAUUAUCAUCGGCUAGGUGGAAGAUAUGGUAAGUGUGUAAAAGCAAUCAAAGAGGUCAAGUCGUAUUAUUAUGAUGGAGAUUAUACAACGGAUGGAUGCCUGAGAUCCUGUUACCAGGACGUUGUUGAGGAAACUUGUCAAUGCAUGGAUCCACGAUACCCGAUGCCCUCAGACGGAAUAUCGUGCAAUAUUUCUCAAAAAACAUGCAUUGACAAUCUGGUUGACACCAAGGGAGACCCAUCGAAGUGGCCUCAAUGUUCCUGUCCUUUGCCAUGCUCUCAAACAGUUUAUACGUCAAAACUAUCCAGACUUCCUUAUGUUAACAAAAUCAUUGACUGUGAGCAGUCAUUCAUCAACAAGGCUGCCUGUUAUGAGAAGUAUUUCGACUCUGUGGUGCUUAGAAUCGCUCUGCCAAAAUUGGAUUAUAUGAUUUACAGUGAGACACCAGCCAUGGAUCUAACCAAAUUCAUGUCUUAUCUCGGUGGUAUUCUAAGUAUUCUGAUUGGUGUCUCCAUCGUUUCCUUCGUCGAGCUAUUCUUCCUGUUUGUCCAGCUGGUCGUCAUUCUUCUGUUCAACAAACGACUAUAA